AGAAGCGGAUCGUGAUUGUUCGAUUCUGCGGAGGUUUAUUUUCUGCAUUGUGUCAGAUGGUGUUUUUUUCUUUCACUCUAGAAUCUAUCCCAGCGCAGAAGGUGAAGGUUAAAUGAUUGCUCAACGAAAAUUUGUGAUAAUACGCGACGAAAUGCUGAACUCGCUUUGUAUCGCUGACAAAUAGUUGACGCAGUGUCCAGGAAUGUUGGUGAAAUUGAUAGCGAAUGGGAAUUUAGUGGCCAGAAGGCGUUUUCUUCAAUAAAUAAUUGGUCACCGAAAAAGUGAUGUCAUCGUUGGUUUUUUUUUGCCUUACAUUCGCACCAUGAAAAGUGACGAGCCAAUGCAGUGUUAAUUGGGGGAUGGGUUGUGAUUACCGGAUGAUGUGAACCAUGUUUUGUUUUUUUCCUCCCAGCAGCAGUGAAUAGAGAUUAGUGGUAAUGGCAAAUGGUUAGAUAUUUAUUUUCAUCAGAAACAUGUAGAUGAAGCCACAUGUGUGUAGUGAUUGAAUUUAUUUCCCGGCUGAAAAUAGAAAAAUACGAUAGGCAAAUCCAGAUUGCUUGAAUCGAAUUGUUUUAUAGUGAAAUAGUCGUGCAAGGUCGCAGUUAUUUUGGACCGUAAAAAUGGUCUUCGAGAGUAUUGUUGCAGACGUCCUGAACCGUUUCGUUGGCGAAUAUGUGGAGAAUCUGGAUAAGAAGCAACUGAAAAUCGGAAUAUGGGGAGGUGACGUCGUGCUCCACAAUCUGAUCCUCAAGCAGAGCGCCCUCAAGGAGCUCGACUUACCGGUGACCACGCUGUAUGGUCACCUAGGUAAGCUGGUGCUCAAGAUACCAUGGAAAAAUUUAUACAGCGCCCCAGUGGAAGCCAUCGUUGACAAGUUGUAUCUGCUGGCCGUUCCCAAUACCGACGUUCGCUACAACAGUGAGAAGGAGGAAAAGAAUGCCUUCGAAGCGAAGAAAGCCGAAUUGGCGCGCAUAGAACAGGCGAAAAAGAGCGAGGAGGACAAAGACAAACCGGUGGCGGACAAAACGUUCACCGAGAAGCUAACGGCGCAGAUCGUGAACAAUGUUCAGAUAAAGAUUUCCGACAUUCACAUUCGUUAUGAGGACACAACCACGACCGGAUAUCCGUUCGCGUUCGGUGUGACGUUGAGUAACCUCAGUGUCCACACUACCGAUGCGAAUUGGAUGCAAACGCUCGUUUCGGAAUCGGUUACCAAAAUAUACAAGGUGGCCCAGCUGGAGAUGCUGUCGGUUUAUAUGAACUGUAACACCCAGCUGUUCCAAGAGCAAGAUCCAUCGAUGUAUAAGGUGUUGUUUCAAGAGACGAUCGCUUCGAAAAGUCAGAAACCGGAGGGGUAUCAUUAUAUUUUUGGACCGAUCAGUUCAGGAGCUCGGCUAGAGAUGGUACCGAACCCAGAAGCGGAGGAACGGCCAUUCACUUCUCCCAAAAUUAAACUGAAGCUUUGCAUGGAAACGUUAGCUAUCGGUGUGACGAAAAUUCAAUUUCAGAAUACGAUGCAAUUGGUGGAAGCCUUUGGCAGGAUGAUGCGGGCAAUGCCAUAUAGAUCGUUUAGACCCCACGGCAUCACUUACAAGCAUCAUUAUAAGAGGUGGUGGCAGUUUGCGUAUGCGUGCAUUUUGGAAGUCGAAGUUAGGAGACGGCGUAAAAACUGGUCGUGGGAUAAUAUGCGACGUCAUAGGGAAAAUUUAAAAAGCUAUGAAGAGGCAUAUAAGGUUCGACUGACAAGUAAGAAAUUAACCCCGGAAAUCACGAACCGUUGUGAGGAGUUGGAGAAGGUUUUGGAUUUGCAAAAUAUUGUCGUCAUAAGGCAAAAAAUCGAGCUUGAAGUGCAGAAAGAGGGUAAAAAGCAGGAGGCGGAACAAAAAGCUGGAUGGUUUAGCUCCUGGUGGGGAGGCGGUGCGAAGAAGAAUGACGAUGCCAAUGGUGCUACGGACAUAAAGAAACAAUUUGAAGCAGCGAUGACUUCAGAUGAAAAGGCGAAACUAUUCAGAGCCAUCGGUUAUCAGGAGAGUGAUACACCGACAGAACUACCGGAAUACUAUGUUGCUCAGGUUCUCCAGUUCGAGUUAAAUUCGCUGGAGGUUUCCAUAAAAUCGGAAGUUUCGAUUGGUUCUCAGGAAGUUAUUUGCAGCUCUGGCCUACCGCUGGAAAGGGUGAUGCUGCUGGAGUUGAAGAAUGUCAAGUGCGGGGUGCAACAAAGACCUUCCGCCGGAGCCAUGAAGGCAUCGCUGUCAAUGCAGGAACUAACAAUUUCUGGUUUACGCCAAGACGAGGUUCUUCCAAUCAUGGUUAGAUCCCAAUUGGAAGGAUCAGACACCUUACUAGAUGUAUCAUUUGAGACAAACCCGGAGGACAAGCUUUGCGACCAACGUGUCAUAGUGACUUCCAGACCUCUACAGAUCAUUUACGAUGCAGAAACCAUCAUUCAGUUGGCCAAAGUUUUCAAGACCCCGAAAACAGCAACUAUUUCACAGCUCACUGAUGCCGCUGCUGAGAAAUUGGUCAAUAUUAAAGAGCGUUCUGCUACUGGCUUGCAGUAUGCUAUAGCGAAUCACCCCCGGCUUGAGUUGAACAUCGAUAUCAGUCCAAGUUAUAUAAUCAUCCCGAACGGAGGUCUAUUCUGUAAUCGCGAAUCGGUGCUUGUACUGAGCUUGGGUAAACUUCUGGUCCAAACGGAGCCAAGACCACUGAACCAGAAAGAUGUUCAUUCGAUGCACGCGGAAGGCGCCAACCAGGAGGAGAUUCUGAACGAAAUUAUCCGUCAAAGCUACGACAAGUUCGUGCUCGAGAUUCGCGACGUUCAGGCAAUAGUGGCCACUUUCGACGAAGAUUGGCAAGGCACACUCCGGUGUAGCGCAGUAACGGAGAUGCAUCUCUUGGAACCAACAUCGUUCCGCAUUUCUGCACAUCUCUGCGUGCUUGAUGAUGACCCGCGACUACCGAAGUGCAAAAUUUUCGGUGAACUUCCGUCCGUGAAUAUAUGUGUUACCGAACAGCGGGUGUUAGAGGCACUUACCAUCGUGACGGGUUUGCCACUGCCCGAGAGCGAUGAAAUCCAGCCGGCACCGAUCGCGAAAGAUAGCAAUGUGUUCAGUUCGAGUCUGUCGCUGUUGAAGUACUUGGAUGAGAAGCAACAGAAGCUAAGCAAGAUGCAACGGUCGGCGGACAGCUUAACUACAUCCGACGUAGUGGACGGAGAAGUGGUACAGUUCAUCGACCUGGAAGUGAGAUUUGUUUUAAAUGAAUGUUCAUUGACAAUAUUCAAAAUAACUGGUACUGGGAGUAGUUCAUCGGAUGUUUUCGCAACACCUACAGAGGAGUUCGCGCAGAGUCCGCUUGAGCAGGCCUUCACUCCACGAAAGAGUGUUGGGUUCAAUGUACCAUUUAUCAAUACAAAUUCACGGAAGAUAAUGGCCUGCAAGGUGAAGCAGUUGGAGGUAAACAUGGUCCAGCGAACGUAUGAUUUAAAAGUGGCAUUGAAGCUUGGUGCGGUCACGCUGGACCAGUUUCGUGUCAGGAAUGAUCAGGAACAUAUUUUGAACGUGAUCCAAACUCCGAAGUAUGAUGACAACAAUGAUUAUCUGUUCAUGCUGAAUUAUACCAGUUGCAAGAAGAAUAGUCCGGAGUUUGCUACGAAGUACGCACUUGUCGAGCAGGAAGUGGGCAUCAAUUUCUCCACUUUGGUUCUGCUUCUCCAUGAGGAAGCACUGAAUGAAUUGAUAAGAUUGGCCAAUGACUUCCAAGUGCGAAUGGAUGCGGUGAUGUGUAGCAAGAAAGAACACGAACGAAACGGUAAUGUGCAGCGCGAUCGUAUUGCCACGAUUCAUGAGGAAAAAAGCGCUGCCAGCGUGCUGCUGAACUCUGCAAAGGAACGACUUCCCACCAUACUCGAAGACGAUACUGCAGUGACGGGUUCCAUUUCAAAAGCUAAUCGCAAACGAUCAUCAAUUGUAGACAGCAUUAAAAUAAAGGUUGUUGCCAAACUGGAAGAUGUUACCGUGGAGAUACAGAACGAUAAGCGAUCCAUCGCGGUUUUAGAGGUUCAAAACUUGACUAGCAGUGCAAUUGUCAAAACAUCCUAUACGGAAGUAAGCAUCCGGCUCCAGGAUAUCAUUCUGACCGACACAAAUCCAGCAACGAUUCACACGAAGAUCCUCUCGAUCAUCGGCGACAAUGCGCUGCAGGUGCAGGUCGUUCUGUACAACUUGGAAGCCACAUCCGACUACAACUCCGACGACAUGCGGAUCGAGGUGACCAUGGGUUGCGCCCGGAUCGUGUUCCUCAACUGGUUCGUUACUUCGGUGCUAGCGUUUCUGGACAAUUUCCAAGCGGCGCAACAGAGAAUCAAGGACGCCAGUGCAGCCGCUGCGGAGGCAGCCAGAAACAACGUCGUGGAAGCGUACAGCAAAGCUACGCGCAUGAAGUUGGACAUUAAGGUGAAGGCACCCAUCAUAGUGAUCCCUGUGGACUCCCGGAGUCUCAAGGCCGUUGCGAUGGAUUUCGGUCAUUUGAGCAUCACGAAUAACUUCCGGGAUAUCGAAACGGAGAACCCCCACGGACCGGCAGUGAUUGACGAUAUGAAAAUUGAGUUGAAAGAUAUGAAGUUGUCGAAGGUUGAUGUUUGUCCCUCGGAUGAGAGUAACGUCUCACAUACAUCGCGUUAUGGCACCGACGAUAUGAUUUAUGGAAUUGUUCCGGAUCAGAGUGCGGUGCUGAGUCCCACCAGCUUCACGCUUGUGGUUAAAAGGAAUCUUUCUUCUGGGUGGUAUCGCGAUAAGCCAGAUUUGGAUAUAUCGGGCCGGCUGAAGGCGGUCGAGCUAAACUUCAUUGCGACUGAUUACAGUGUAAUUAUGCUGAUUCUAUCGAAAAAUAUGACCGAAGGCCAGGAUGAAUUUAAGAAACCUGUACCAAAACUAGAAAAGUCACCAACGAGCACAGAGAUCAUUAAUUAUCCUACUUCUUAUGCUGACAAUAAUGCUAUCGACGGUAAAACCAACUGGUCCGCUGUAGCCAAGAAAGCUACCGCUAAACCCUUCGGACUGGAAAUGGGACAACUCAAGUUGCUCAAGCAGGAUGCGGUCACGCAGCAGGAGAAGGAACCGGCGAAGCAGAAGGUUGAUACCUUCCUCAAGUUUAGCUUCCAAAUUGAUAGUAUUAACAUUAAGUUAUUCACUGCUCCCGGAGAGGGACUGGCUUGUUUCGAGGUUUACUAUCUGUCACUGCAGGGAAAAAAGCUGACGGACGGCUCCCUCAACACGGCUAUCAUUUUGUGCGAUAUCCGUUUGGACGACAUCCGCCCGAACCGGGAGAACAUGCUAACGCGUUUGAUGGAACGCCGUGCGCACAGCUCGAAGGUUAGCUUCGUCAGUAAAAGUGACGACGAAGAGGGCAUGAUGGCGCCCUUGCUUUCCAUGAUCGAUAUCACGUUCAAUAUGAAGGAGAGUGAUAUGUUUGCCGAUGUGAAGGUUUCCAGCUUUAAUUUGAUUCUGUCGGUUGAUUUUCUGCUGAAGAUUCAGCAGUUUUUGCAACCGGAAGAGCUGGCGGAGCAGAAAGCGAUACAGGCCGCGGAGGAGCAGGCCAGGCGAGAACGCAAGUCGAGCACCUCAGCAGCUUCUACCGAAAAAUCUGAGGCCGGUCAGAUGACGGUGAUCAUCAAGAUCGAACAGCCAGACAUCAUUCUGGUGGAGAAGAUGGAUGACAUCAACUGCUAUGCGCUCAUACUGAACAACGAAAUUUCGCUCAAUGUUCGUCUGGUUGGCGAACGGCAGAUCAUCAAGGGUGAACUGAAGGAUCUCUGCCUGUACUACGCGGAGUUCAAUCCGGAAACGCGAAACGAUACGAAGCACUUCGUGAUCCAUCCUUGCUCGAUUAGCUUGAAUGGUUCAACGCCCGAAGGUAAAGGACUGCAUCUCAGCUUGAACUCAACGAACAUUAAGAUCAGUGUAUCGCCGGCGGUUAUUGAGCUGAUGAAUAAUGCCCUGACGACCCUGUCGGCUAACGAGCAGAUCAAAUUGGAUGAAACGCAGCGGGCGGUGGAUUACAGUGAUUUGUGGAAUAUUCAGGGUUAUGAUCCAGAUGAGUUCUGGUUCAUAAGACCCGAGUUGGCCGAAGAUGCACUCAGUUUGGAGUCGCUACGAACUAUUGAGAUCAAGGAGGAGAAAUGUAUGGUAGAGGUUCCCUCGAUUUCGUUGAUAAUCGAAACCGGGCUCGGUAUUAACACGAUGCCUAUGCUUUUCAUUGAAACGAGCAUGCAAGCGGAGGUUACGAACUGGAGCUCGGAUAUGAAAAUCAACAGCUCGCUGUGUCUUAGUAUGUCGUAUUAUAACCAGAGUUUGGCACUGUGGGAAUAUAUCAUCGAACCGAAUGAGAUAGAACAAGCGAACGGAAAUGUAGACAGUGCUCCGUGGGAGCUGACUUUUGAAUUGGAAGUUGAUCAUCAUGAGGAUCGUUCUCGAGAUCCUACAACGAAAAUUAACAUCGCUUCUAAAGACAGCUUGGAAAUGACCGUUACCAAAACCUGUCUGGACGUGCUUCAAAACUUGGGGAAAGCAUUUUCGGAAGCUAUUAAACGGGAAGGAAUAGUUAAGACUGAAAUUCAAGCCCCAUAUACCGUGCAGAAUGAUACCGGUCAGGACAUCAAGGUCAACUUUGUUGGAAGUGAUUUUGUAAUUCAUUCUUCCCAUUUACAACCUGGUCAAGAGGAUGAGCUGAUUGCCAUCGAACAGAUUGGUGCGCAGGAAGUUAAGAGCUGUAUCAUUAUGCCGAAUGGCAGAUUGAAUCUGGAACCACGUGAGAAGGAUGUCGAGCUUUCGAUGCUCACGGUGAUGCAGGACAAUGAAAACAGCGCAAAAAAGAAGUUUAUAAAAGCCGUCAUUGGUGAUUCGGACAAAGAGCUCACCCUGCCAGUGUAUAAAUCCGAUAAGCGAUACUUCCCGCUGUAUCGAAAGACAGACCAGGAACCAUGGGCCAUUAUAUCGGAGGUCAAGAUCGAGCACGGCUCAACGCUGGUGGUGUUGCGUGGAAUUGUUCAAAUUUAUAAUCAUUUCACUGCCCCUGUUUACAUCUAUCAGUUUAUUUGUCAUGAAAAAUACCUAGUUGGGGAAGUUCGACCGGGUGGAUUUUUCAACGUUCCGCUGUAUUAUUUGUACAACGAAUGCAAAGAGCUUCACUUCUCCAUGAAGGGCUAUCAUUCGUCUGCCCAGGGUAUCAGCUGGAAGGAAUCACCGAACCAUAUUGAACUUAUCAAAGCUCUUCAGUGCGAUCCAAUCAAGACGUUCGAGCCAUUCUAUAUAAAUGCUGUUCGCGAACGACAUGAUGUGUUCCACGAAGUUACCACAAAGCACACUAUGCUGAGUGCCUGUUUCGAGAUUCACUUAAAACCACCAUUGAUGCUGAGAAACGCUCUGCCGAUCGGAUUAACCAUAUCGGUUGCAGGUUGUUCUGUACGGCGGGAGCAAAACAAUGAGGUGGUUACCAGUUCCGAGAGCAUUUCCACCACCUCUACGAUAGUGGGCGAGGAUUUCCUGGAUUACGGAGAGAAAUUACUGCGUCCGGGAGAAUUAUUGCAUCUUCCCACAGUCAAGACUGCUGCGAGAUCCGCAACGGAGACAUCCUAUAUUGUGGCGAGGUUGGUGAAUUACCUCGAAAAAGACUGGUCCUGCACUACAGAGAUUCCAGCAGAACCACCGGAGUUCAGUGUAUGGACAUUCAACGCUUACGAUUCCGUUGAAGUGAUGUCACUGCAGCUGGGCGUAAAGUACGAGAAUCGUAACGAUGGCAUGACACUAAUUGUGUACUGUCCAUUUUGGAUGCUCAACAAGACGGGUUUGAUGCUUAGCUAUAGAAAAUCACGAAAAACUGAGAAGAAAGAGUUAGCUGGCAAAACCACGUACAAGACCAACGAUGAGAAUACCAACAUAUUGUAUCAUCCACCCGAGUACGAUGGUCCUAUCCUGUUUUCCUUCCGCGAGAAAGCAUUUUUCGGCAAAAAGAAGGCGGCUAUCCGAGUGGAUACUGGCGAAUGGAGCGAAAAGUUCUCGCUUGAUGUGGCUGGUUCCAGCGGUGUCAUAUUAUGUCAGGCUAAUAAUAUGACUUAUCAGAUUGGCGUUCAUAACACUCUGACGCACAAUUCGUUGACAAAGCAGAUCGUCUUUAUGCCAUACUUCGUGCUGAUCAAUCGAGCAGAGUUCGACGUGGAUGUGCAGGAACCUCUGCGACCGGGGGAUCCAUGGACGAGGGUUAAGGUGAACGAUUGUGUUCCCCUGUGGCCGAAGACAGAGGAAAAUCGAACAUUGCGGUUGCGGGCAGAUGGUUAUCCUGAAAUUACCGCUUCUUUCAUUUAUACCGAGGUGCAAUGCACCCUGCUGCAGUUGAAGAACCGGUACGGAGGUAUCAACGUAGACGUGCACGUGACUGAAGGUGCCAUAUAUGUCACCUUCUCGUGCUAUCACAUUGGGGAUGCUCCGUCACUGAUAAUGAACCACACGAGCGAAGAGUUUGCAUUCAAGGAGAAGGGUGACGUGAACGGGAAGAUUUUGAUGCCCAAUCAAAUGGUCUUGCACACCUGGAUUAAUCCAGCGGGCGAGAGAAAGAUUGUUUGGGACAGCGGUUCGAAACUGGUUUCGAUUGAGAGUGAUUUAAGGCGGGACGAUAUAAGUGAAUUCAAAUCUCCCACCGAUAAGGACAUCUUCUGGGUGUCCUUCCUGAAUGGAACGCAGCGUGUGCUGCUGGUUACCGACAAUGCGAAUAUCGCUUACGGUGUUCACAGUGCCAGUCGGUUGGAUCAAGUGACCCAAGAGAUCAAGAUUGAAAUACACGGAGUUGGGUUAUCCCUCGUGAACAACAGCAAACAGUGUGACCUCAUGUACAUCGGAAUAGCUAGCUCCGGAGUUAUUUGGGAAGAAUGCAAGAAAUCCGGUCGCUUUAAACAGAUGAAAAUCCAGGAAACCUUCUACAUGGAAAACACCUAUCAGCAAUUUUUGAGAGACAUGGAAAUCGGGGUGUCGUCAAAGAAGAAAUAUUUUCUGGAAGGCGAAAAACGCAUUGAAAUCGAUUUCCACAAUAAUAUUAUUAAGAAAUCCACCGAUCGAGCCAUCAAACGUACCUUCUAUCCGGGUGUGUGGCUCGAGAUGAAAUCAUCCUCUCAUCAGUUGCAAUUCCACGCGAAAAUCAAUCGCAUACAAAUCGACAAUCAAUUGACGGACUGCAUAUUCCCAGUAGUGCUAGCACCGAUUCCACCCCCGAAAAGUGUGGCCGCCACUACUGAGUUUAAGCCCUUCAUCGAGAUGAGUAUGGUGCAACGAAUCAUUCCCCAUUCCAAUGUGAAACAAUUCAAGUAUCUGCGAGUUUUGAUGCAAGAGUUCCACGUUAAGGUGGAUCUGUUGUUUAUCAACGAAAUCUGUGAGAUGAUCAGUACGGAUAUUACCGAAGCGGAAGCCAAACGUCUGUUCGCUGAGGACCUGAAGGUGCAGACCCAACCGUUACAUGCCCACGUCGCGAUCCAAUCGCAAGCGGAGGUGAAAAAUUUUUACGACAAUCUUCAUCUGGGUCCACUGAAGAUUCACGUUAGCUUUUCGAUGGCUGGCUCGGAAUCGAAGGCCUUGCCGGGCAUACUGUCCACCAUCCUUCAAGGUGUGGGCGUGACGCUAACCGAUAUCAAUGAUGUCGUGUUUCGGUUGGCAUUUUUCGAACGGGAAUUCCAAUUCCUAACCCAGCGACAGUUGGUUUCGGAGUGUGUGGCUCAUUACAGUGGCCAAGCGGUGAAGCAGCUUUACGUGUUGGUGCUUGGGUUAGAUGUUAUUGGAAAUCCCUAUGGUUUAGUGGUUGGCUUUACCAAGGGCGUCGAAGAUCUGUUCUAUGAGCCGUUCCAAGGAGCCAUCCAGGGCCCAGGCGAGUUUGCCGAAGGGUUGGUGCUCGGAGUGAGAUCUCUUUUCGGGCAUACCGUGGGUGGUGCUGCUGGUGCAGUUUCCAAAAUCACCGGUGCGAUGGGCAAAGGUUUGGCUGCGCUGACAUUCGACGAUGACUACCAGAGGAAACGGCGAGAUGCACUGAACAAAAAACCGGCCUCCCUGCAGGAGGGCAUUGCUCGUAGCGGUAAAGGGCUAGUGAUGGGGGUGUUCGAUGGUGUAACAGGUGUUUUCACCAAACCGAUCAGUGGGGCCAAAGAGGAGGGGGUUGAAGGAUUCUUCAAAGGAUUGGGUAAAGGAGCGGUAGGAUUGGUGGCACGCCCCAUCGCAGGCGUGACCGACUUCGCUAGUGGAAGCUUCGACGCGGUUAAACGAGCUACAGAGCUAUCGGAUGAGGCAAUUCGGCUUAGACCUCCUCGUUUUCUACAUAAGGAUGGAAUUGUGAGGUCUUACAACAAGAGGGAAGCGGAGGGCAACAAGCUGCUGAAAGAAAUCGAUAAAGGGAAGUUCACCGCUACAGAUACAUUCGUUUUCUACGACGUCGUGGUUGAGAAUAAGGAUAUUGUCGUUCUAACAGAUUGUCGCAUCAUCUAUGCGAUCAAAAGUGAACUGUUUGGAGGUUGGCAGUGCGAGUGGUCACAUCGGUGGACAGAAGUGCUGAGUAUUACGAUACUGAACGAUGGAGUUGAAAUGCUGCUGCGCAGCAAGGAUAGCAAAUCUGCUUUCAAGAAAAUGUUCAGCUCCUCUGGAAAUCACAAAAAGAUCGUGCUUAUCCCGCACGCACAUCGCCGCAAUAGGCUCAUGGAACACAUGGAACGUCUGCGACAAAAAGCCGAAUGAUAAAUAGUUGAUGGCGCAUCAGGUGAUGGAUGCAUCACGGUAAGCAAGCUUUGAAGGGCAACAAUAACAAUAUUCGCUUUGCGCGACGAUGUUAUUUAACCGUUAAUUUUAUUAUCACUAGCUUAGCUAUUGUUAGAUCAGAUUUUUAAGAAAUAACGAUAUAUACCAAGGUUUAUUAGGCUGCGAUGAUGAUGUUAUUUAUCCCAGUUCCAUGUUUAUAUAUCAUCUAUUCAUAUAAUCUACCAGUGGAUCUUCACUUGGAGCCGCUAUAGCUUUCAUUGAAAGGUACAACACACCUUUCUCACAAAAUGUCACCAAUGAAAGAAGACCAAAUAGUGUAUAGCUAGAUUUUUAUUACUUUCUCAACGCGAGUAUCGUUCUAGCACAACGGCGAAUAUCUCUUUUCUAUCUAGUAGCGCGAAUAGUUGCUCCAAAACAACAUUUAUAAGCAGUACAAAACAGCAAGAAAAGAUGAUACGGGGACAUUAUCGAAGAAAAUAAUGUCUGUAAAGAAAAGCAAUUGCUUUCAGAGAAUUUUUUGUUUUUAUUUUGAAUUCUAUUGAGUUUCUCUAUUGCACACUGAAUAAAUGUAUUUAAUAUUUGAA